UCAGUCUCAAUACCCACAUUUGCGUAUGAGCACGGUUCAGCCAUUCCUGGUCAGUGAGUUAGUUUUGGCCAACCUCAACAAGAUAGCCCUCAAGGAUGCUGUUCAAUAUCAGUACCUUAGUGUCGUUGGUUCCAGACAAGGGGGUCUGUCAAUGUUCGUUGUUCUCACCAAAUUCGUAGGUGGCACCAUUCAUGACCUGAGACUCUAUGUGAAGAUGGGCAAGGAAACUCAUGAGCACUUUGACUCAGUCUGGAUCCCAGCGACAAAGCAUCUUGAGGUGAAGGAGAAAGAGCUUGAUGAGAGUGGCACGAAACUGAUCCGCAGCUUCGGACCCAAGCUGUACAUUGACUAUCCCAAGCCAACGAUACCUCUCCUUCUCACAGAUGAGACUGUGAAGGGAGAGGCUUCUGAUGUGAAGCCUCAGAUUCCGCUUGACCCUUUAGAGGCUGAACUGCAGACCCAGGAGGAGAAACUCCACCAGCAGGCCCUGGCAGUUGAGUCCCUAAAGGUUGAGCUGAAAAAGAAAGAAGAAGCAACUCAGAAGGAGGCCAGGAGAAAGUUGUUGAUUGCAGAUGUGGAGAAGAUCAGGACAAGUGGUAGUUCCAGUCAGAACAACAAGGGCAUGGCUGAAUUCAUCUCAGGAGCAAUGAGGAUUGGGGAAGAUGCUGUGAUUGUUACACAGACGGAAACCUCGCGUUCGGUGGGCUUCCUGUCCAUGUCUUACAACGUUGGCAGAGAGGAGUUUGAGCUGCCGAUUGUUACUUACUGCAAGAUAGCCGGAUCUAUGGUUUAUGAUGAGAGAGUAAACUCAAAGGUGGAUGCCAAGGCAGCUAUCUCUGCACUGAAGGAGUACUCGCCUUUUGACAAGUACAAGCUGGGGGCAGCCUUUGAGAAGAUCAAACACACGGGAACGUGCAUAUUCAUAUAUAAUCUCAUGCAAUUGGGUAAGGGCUACGAGCUUGAAUGGGAUGAACCUGAUCCCGCACAUGCUUCGAGAUCAGACUAUCGACCUGACAUCCGGAUUUCAACCAGAGCGGUACAACAGAGGCCCGGCCAGCUAAGCACUGAGAUUUCGAUCCAGCCGAACGAUCGCUAUAAAUCCGCGUUCAAAACGCGGUAUGGGCAUUUUGAGUCGAUGGUCAUGCCUUUUGGCCUCACCAACACCCCGACGACCUUUCAAGCGGCAAUGACCAACGAGUUCCGUGCGAUGUUAGACUGGUUCGUGCUGGUCUACUUGGACAACAUUCUCGUCUAUAGCCAGAUAUUGGAGGAUCAUUUUGAGCACCUUCGACGAGUGUUGGAGACGCUCCGCCACGCCAAGUACAAAGCCAACCGCGACAAGUGCGAAUUUGUCCGGCAAGAGCUGGAAUACUUGGGCCAUUUAGUCACACCGGAGGGCAUCAGUUCGUUGUCGGACAAGAUUCAAGGCAUCCAAGAGUGGCCGGAGCCGCGGAACAUCACCGAUGUCCGUUCGUUCCUUGGGCUUGCCGGCUACUACCAACGUUUUAUCAAGGGAUGCUCGAAGAUCGCGACCCACUUGACCAAGCUUCAAUGCGAGGAUUGGCCGUUUGACUUCGAAGAGGAUGCUCUUUCACGGCGCUUCUGGCGCACGCUUUCGUGUAGAGUCAUGACGAGGGGUGGUAUAGUGACCACUCCUUGUACAAAGGAGCAGGAAGCGGAGGCCUCAAAGAUACUAGCAGAGCAUAAGGCAAGGAAGGAGGCGGAGGAGUUCGAAAAGACAGCGAAGAAGGUGGCUCUCUUGGCAAAGAAGGUCAUGAAAGAGGAGUUGGAAGAGGAAUUGAAGCGGCUGCAGAAAGAAAAGGAAGAAGUUGCAGCAUUAGUAGACGAGGAAGAAGACGUGGAGAUUACCCUACAGAGAAAUGUAAAAACUAAGGAGAGAGGGGAAUGCAGGGGUGCGCAAGAGAGAGAUGCGAAGAUGGAGAGGAUGGUGUCCGAGUGGGUGGCAAACUUGGCCUUGGGGGAAGAAGAGGAAGCCAUGCUGCUUGUUCCCCAGACAGAAAGGGAAGAAGCGGAUCGGAAAUUACGAGAGGAGGCGGACCCCUAGCGCCGACAGGCCAAGGAGGACGAGCAAUUGCUGGAGUGGAAGUUACGCCUCACAAGAG